UGUAAUUCAUCUUCUUCCAUGAAUGAACUGAGAUCAUUUUCCUUUCCUCUCAUACUAUUCUGAAACUCAAGAUGGUAUCAGAGCUCUAGGAACAAUUGAGCAAAAAUAACAUACACGUUCUCUUUGUCAAAAAUGCCGAUUGAAGAAAGUCAUACCUCGAGUGCAAUAAACUCAGCCGGAUCAUACAGAUAUCCAUUAUAUCUGGCUCCCAACGAUCAUUCGAACUUGAUGCUUACGAAUGAGAUCUUCAAUGGAAACAAUUACCUAAACUGGUCCAGAGGUGUCAAAAUGGCCCUAAUUUCGAAGAACAAGCUAGUGUUCGUAAGCAGAAAGUUCAAAAAGCCAAAUGAAAAUUCAGAUGAUUUCCAGGAAUGGAUUAGGGUUGAUUACACGGUCAUGAGCUGGCUUCUUCAUUCAAUGAUUCCAACGAUUGCUCGAACUAUGAUGUAUGAGACAUCUUACCAGUCCUAUUAGUAUUGCUUUACCUAAUGGCAAUAUUAAAAGGGUUGAAAUCAUUGGUGAAGUGCAGCUUUCUGAGAAAAUUUUCUUACAGGAUGACCUUUCUACUGAGAAACGGAUAAUGCUUGGAAGGAAGAAAUCUGGACUCUACAUAUUUGAAGUCAAAGAUGAGAUGAAUAAAGCUGGUUUUCCUUCUAUAGUUUCUAGUAAUAAGCACAAUAUUAUGGCAACAGAAUGUAUAGUGAAUAAAUCUUGCCAUAUUCCUAAUCAUUUAUUGCUUUUCCACAACAGGCUAG